AAGAGUCUACUUUCCCAUUUAAAAAUUCCACUUUCUUGUGUGAUGCCUCUAAUUCCUCACCGACUUUCCGUGACAUGCCAAUGAUGCCAAACUCCACGAGUGCAGGUAUGAGUGUUGAGCCUCCUCCAUUGUUCCCUUGUGUACCGACUCACUCUCACCACCCAUCUAAGUUCCAUAAUGUCCAACAAAGCCAUGAGCAACCUCCAGCUUCUAUUUACCCAUUAUCUACCCCUGUGGCCACUAGCACACCCUCUCCCCUUCCUUCCCCAGCCUCUCCCAUUGCGACCAAUUCCGUCCACCAAUCCCCUGCCCCAUCCGAUUCCCACUCCUCCCCUCUUAGGUCCCCACCACUGCAACCUCUUCGGACUCACCCAAUGGUCACUCGUUCCCAAAACAAUAUUUUCAAACCUAAGACACUCUUCCAUGCAACCAAAUCUCCAUUGUCCCUCCCUGUUGAACCCACUUGUGUCACACAAGCUCUUAAGGAUCCCAAUUGGAGACAGGCUAUGUCCGAGGAGUUUAGUGAAUUGGUUCGCCAAGGAACGUGGGAACUGGUUCCUUCACACCCAUCUCAACAUGUUCUUGGUUGCAAAUGGGUCUUUCGCUUGAAAAGAGGCAAAGAUGGGUCCAUUGAGCACUAUAAGGCGCGUCUUGUUGCGAAGGGCUUUCAUCAACGACCAGGUUCUGAUUCCUUUAAUACUUUCAGUCCUGUUAUCAAGCCUACCACAAUUCGUACUGUCUUAUCUCUUGCAAUGAGUAGGGGGUGGUCUAUUCAGCAAUUAGAUGUUAAUAAUGCUUUCCUUUAUGGACACAUUGAUGAGGUAUUAUACAUGCAGCAACCGACAGGCUUUGUGGAUCACAAUUUUCCUUCACAUGUUUGUAGGCUACGAAAAUCUUUGUAUGGCCUUAAGCAGGCCCCUAGGGCCUGGUUUCGAGCUCUUAAGGACUUCCUUUUGGCUCAAGGCUUCUUUCACUCUAAGUCUGACAAUUCCUUAUUUAUCUAUCAUAAAGGCUCCACUUGGAUCUAUUUUUUGGUCUAUGUCAACGAUAUCAUUGUUACUGGGAAUGAUUCUGCUGCAGUUCAAUCCAUUGUGCAAGUCAUGAGUGCCACUUUCUCCCUCAAAGAUCUUGGUCCCUUGAGUUUUUUUCUCGACAUAGAGGCAAUCUCUACUAAGGAUGGGCUUUUUCUCUCUCAACAGAGGUAUAUUCUUGAUCUUCUUCAGAAAACUGCUAUCCACUGGCACUCCUCUCUCUGAUGGCACCAAUUAUAGGAAAAUUGUUGGCUCUCUUCAGUAC